UCGAUUUUUUGCCCUGUUGCACUGGCAUAGAAUCAGCUGUUUCCAAGUCCAAUUCAAAAGGAGUGGAAAUAAAAUAAAAGAAGAGAAGCCUAGAAAGGGAAAAAAAUGAUUGGAAAAGUUGUUGUUUCGGGGAUUUCCUUAAUUCUUGUUGUCGGUGUUGUUGUGGCUGUUGUCAACCGGAUUGGUGGAACGCAUAGUUCUGAUGACAUAUCACCACAAAUGAAGGCUGUUACCCAAAUAUGCCAGCCUACUAAUUACAAGGAAACUUGCACCAAGGUCCUCAGCUCUGCUAAUACCACUGAUCCUAAGGAGCUGAUCAGGACAGGCAUUUUAGCCAUCUCAGAUUCCCUGACGAAAUCCAUGAACUUAAGUGAGGACCUUGUAGUAAAUGCUGGCAGUGAGCCCCGUACGAAACUUGCCCUGAAGGAUUGCAAGACAUUGCUGAAAAAUGCUUCUGAUGAGCUUCAUGAUACUCUUGCAAAGAUGUCUAGCAGUGACCUGAAUAGCAUAGCUGAACAUGCUGAUGAUUUUCGUAUCUGGUUGAGUUUUAUCAUCUCUUACCAGGAAUUAUGCGUGGAUGGAUUUCAGCAUGACAACAACAUUAAAUCAACAGUGCAAAAUAGUACGGAUUAUGGCAGUGAACUAACAGAUAAUGUCCUAACCAUUCUUGGUGCGAUUUCAAACAUCCUGCAAGACUUCGGUCUCCAGUUUAACCUUCCCCCCAUCCAUUCUCGUCGGCUUCUCGGGGCUGAUGGGUACCCAACCUGGUUAUCUGCUGCUCAUCGAAAGCUCUUGGCCGGUGGCAACGCUAACCUUGUACCAAAUGCAGUGGUUGCUCUAGAUGGCAGCGGGCAAUUCAAGUCGAUUAAUGCAGCUAUAAACUCAUACCCCAAUGGCAAUGUUAGUCUAUAUAUUAUUUAUGUAAAGGCAGGAAUUUAUAAUGAGGCUGUAGUGGUGCCAAAGACCCAUUCUAAUAUUCUCAUGUAUGGUGAUGGACCAGACAAGACCAUUGUCACCGGAAAAAAGAGCUUCACCAGUGGUGUAAACACUUGGAACACUGCUUCCUUUGUGGUUGAAGCACCAGGGUUCACUUGCAAGCAUAUGAGAUUCGAGAACACAGCAGGGCCUGAUGGUCAUCAGGCUGUUGCCAUUAGAGUUAACUCUGAUAUGUCAGUGUUCCACAACUGUAGGUUUGAUGGGUAUCAAGACACAUUGUUAUACCAAGCCGGACGCCAAUUCUACCGCGACUGUGUCAUUUCCGGCACAGUUGAUUUCCUCUUUGGUUACGGUGCAGCUGUGAUCCAAAACUCAACGAUCAUUGCCAGGAAACCUAACCACGGCCAGGUCAAUACAGUGACAGCAGAUGGCAAGAGAGAAAAAGGACAAAACACUGGACUUGUUAUCCAUAACUGUAAGAUUGUCCCUGAGGCCGAUCUUGUCGCUGAGAGGCUCACUGUCAAGACAUACUUGGGCAGGCCCUGGAAACAAUUCUCAACAACUGUAGUUAUGGAGUCAGAAUUGGGUGAUUUGAUUCAACCUCAAGGAUGGCUGCCAUGGGCUGGAAACCAAUACCUUGACACAUUGUACUAUGCUGAGUACGCCAAUACUGGACCUGGUGCCAACACUGCCAAUAGGAUCAAGUGGAAGACACUUCAUUUCCUUACCAGUAAUGAAGCUCAACAAUUCACUGUUGGAACAUUUCUUCCCGGCGCCGAUCAAUGGAUUAGAAGCACUGGAGUUCCUUUCUUGCUUGGGUUCCGGUGAUAGAUGAAUACAGAGUCAGCUAUAAGUUUGCAGAGAGAACUCAUUAAAUUGGAGAAGAAUAAAAGAAUUUAUACAUCAAUUGAUAAGCCUAAAAAAGCCAAGUGAAUGCAAAAGGGCUUUUUUCUGUUUUUCUCAAACUAAUUUUGUUUCUUUCUUUCUUUCUUUCUCUCAAUGGUAUUGAUUUGUUUUCUUAUGAUUUUUUUUUCUUUUAUAUCCCUUUGAACAUUUUUUAAUAAAAGAA